CCAAAGUCGAGCGCUUAACGUGCGAGUGCCGCGAGGAGAGGAACGCGAGGAUCGGAAGUAGACACCGGCUCCAUGGAUAGCUGACCACGAGCCCACCUGGACAUCAGCUCAUACAGUCGCCAGGAUAACCAAGCGCGUGCAGAGAUGGAAUUGCAUACAAAGGCCGUUCAAGAUUCGCCGGAUAAGCUGACAAAAUCAUCAACCAAAGAUGUUGCAACCAAAGAUGAUGAUCCGACUGGGAACGGCAGUGGCUUCGGAGCUUUCCAAUCGAAGGAUCCGAUACUGCAGCUGGAUAAGGACGUGGAGGCAUUGAGUGGCGGGGGCGGCGAUGGACACGCCACAGGAUCGAACCACUCGACCUCGUACAUAGAGACCCUGAUGCACCACUUUAAGUGCAACGUUGGCUCUGGCAUGUUUGCGCUUGGCGACGCUUUCAAAAACGCGGGUCUUCUGCUCGCCCCACCACUCACAAUAUUCCUCGGCGUUAUUUGCAUUCAUGCCCAGCACAUACUCCUGAACUGCAACGCGGAAGUGAGACGACGACUGGGCAGCUCCUUGGAAAGGCAGCCAGGGUACGCGAUGACGGUGGAGCUGUGCUUCGCCACGGGUCCACUUGCCCUCAGGAAGUACGCAGUGUUCAUGAGAAAGUUAGUUAAUCUGUUUCUAUGCGUUACGCAACUUGGAUUUUGCUGUGUCUAUUUUGUCUUUAUUUCUACGAAUAUGCAGCAGGUCGUGGAGGUUUGGGGCAUAGACCUCGACCUUCACAUCCACAUGGUCUUGGUCUUGAUACCAAUGAUGCUAAGUACGUGGAUACGCAAUCUCAAGUUCCUCGUACCGCUUUCCUCGUUUGCGAAUAUCCUCAUAUUCUCGGGCUACAUCGCGACUAUCUACAUAAUGUGUCACGAUCUGCCGAGCAUAUCCGAGCGCCGAUACGUUGCUGAUUGGAAUAUGUUGCCGCUCUUCUUCGGUACAGUCAUCUACUCGUUCGAGGGCAUCACUUUGGUGUUGCCAUUGAAAAAUGAAAUGAAAAAACCAAAGAACUUUGACAAGCCAAUGGGUGUAUUGAAUGUUGGAAUGGUCAUUGUCGGCGCGAUGUUCGUCGUUCUUGGCUUCUUGGCGUAUCUGAAGUAUGGCGACAAUAUUCAAGGGUCGGUGACAUUAAAUCUCGAACCCAAAUCGGAAACAUUACAGGAUGGAUAUAGUUUCAACUCCAGUCUACCUCAAUGUAUAAAAAUUGCCAUAUCAUUAAGCAUUCUACUGACCUACGCCCUUCAAUUUUACGUACCAAUCGCAAUUAUGUGGCCCGAAUUUGAGCGACAGUUUGGUCCAUGUCGUUGGCCCGUCGCUGGAGAAAUCAUGUUCCGAACGACACUCUGCUUUUUAACUUUUGUUCUCGCGGAGGCGAUCCCCCACCUUGGACUUUUCAUCUCGCUGGUCGGGGCGGUAAGUAGCACCGCCCUCGCUCUCCUCAUCCCACCGAUCAUCGAGAUCGUCGUCUGCUGGCAGAACGCGACCCUCGGCAAAUUUACCGUCAUCAAGGACGUCUUCAUACUACUCAUUGGGCUCCUUGGUUGCGUCACUGGCACCUACGAGAGCAUCACACAGAUUUUGAAGGCAUUUAGUAGUAAGGGUUCGUAAGAGAUCUGACGAGGACGGAAGGGAAGAGUGGGAUUCGGAACCGAUCGACCAAUGAAACAAAAACGAACAAAACACUACUGAUU